CUGUAGACAAACAUUUAAAGACUUUGACCUCUUAAAAAUUUCUUAUUUCUUUAGCAGACACGGGAGUGGAACAAAUCAUAAGAGGAAAGAUGACUGCUCAUCUCAAAGGAGAAAAAACUCAAGUUUUACCUGACUUUCUACAUCUGAAUGACUUGGCGUGUGAAGCUGUAGAAGGAAAGGUUUUAUUUGCAACAGAUGACUUUUUUGCUCCUGCAGAGAAUCUCUUAAAGAAAAAGAGUCCAGUUUUUAAACCAGAUGAAUUUACUGAUUAUGGCAAGUGGAUGGAUGGAUGGGAGACCAGGAGGAAAAGGAUUCCAGGACAUGAUUGGUGUAUUAUCCAGUUGGGAGUACCAGGUAUUGUCCAUGGAUUUGAGGUAAACACAUCUUUCUUUGCUGGAAACUGUGCUCCUCGUAUAUCAAUUCAAGCAGCAUGUCUGACGCAAGUGGAUUUACCAGAGGUUUGGCCAAGAGGGGACAGGAUAGGAACUGCAGCUUCAGAUGAAGAGUUAAAAGCUGUCAAGAAGAUGAAGUCAGAUGAAUGGACUCUUCUGGUUCCUAUGAAAGAGUUAAAACCAAGAUACCUUGAUACUAGCUACAAUUAUUUUUCUUCCAGUUGUAAGAGGAAAUGGACUCACAUAAGGCUCAAUAUCUAUCCAGAUGGUGGGAUUGCACGUUUCAAAGUGUAUGGUGUUGUUCAGAAAGAUUGGUCAGCUUCUGGCCCAAAUGACUUGGAUGACUUGGUGGCAAUGGAGAAUGGAGGUAUUUGUGUUGGAUUUAGCAGUGCUCAAUUAGGCCACCCAAGAAAUAUUCUAGGGCUAGGAAGAGCAACAUCCAUGGAAGAUGGUUGGGAAACAGCAAGAAGACCGGACAGGCCACCAGUUUUAAAAGCUGAUGAGAAAGGUAUCCUCCUCCUGCCAGGGAGUGAAUGGGCAGUUUUCCGGUUGGCACAUCCUUGUGUAAUAACUCACAUUGAAAUAGACACUAAUCGCUUUAAAGGUAACUUUCCAGAUACUUGCAAACUCGAGGCCUGUGUUUUGAACACACAAGAAGAAAAAGAUUGUAUAACACAGAAAUGGAACCUUAAACAGAAUCCAAAAUGGAAUCCUUUGCUUUCUGUUACAAAGCUUAAGCCUAACAAGAGGCAUUUCUUUGACGGUACUGCCCUGCAAAUGCAGGAUGUAAUCACUCAUGUGAGACUCGUUAUUGUUCCUGAUGGAGGUGUAAGUAGGAUGCGUCUCUGGGGUUUCCCACGGACUCUGUUUUAUACAAGCAAAUGAAUGAAGAGGAUUUUCUAAAAAAGGCUUUAAGGGUUAUAGAAUGGAUGUUCACUUUCCCCCCCGUUAUAUAAACUUGAAUAUAUUAAUUGAACGGUACACAUGCAUUAAACUAAGCAUGACUUUUCCCCAGCAAUAAUUCAAACAUAACAAUUCUGUAUGUAUUAUGGCUGUACAAUAAUACAAUGACUUCUCUACUCCUAGGAAUAUAAUGAAUGUAAUAUAUUUUUGCUGAAAUGUAUUUUUUGGGGAAAAUCAAUCAAUGAUAACACAGUGCACUCCUGGGUGAUCAUAGCUCAUCUUUGUGAGAAUCAAAAUUGAAGGCCUAAUUAUUUUAACCACUACGUAAAUCCACUAAUUACCCUAAAAUGCACUGCCUGCAGUGUCUUACUGGUGAAAAGAAAUGGCAUUUUUAAAUAAAAAUAAAUCAGAGACAGGCUCUGCUUUAUUGUUAUGUCUGUCUUAAUUAUAAGCCAGUCAAAAAGCUCUACUUAUGUUCUACUGCUUUCACUCAUGUCAAUUAUUUUGCCAAGAUUCCAAACCCUAAGAAGAAAGACAGGUUGUCUCUCUCUGUCAACCUCAAGUUUGUGUGUGUGUCAAUAUAUUGGUGGAAUUUGGAAACGUAUUUCUUUAUGAAAACACACAGAAUGAUUUUAACCCUCCUUUUCCUUGCACUUUUUUGCUGUAACCUAACACCCAAAUAUUGUCUGUUUCUCUACCAGCUUAGGCUAAGAUUUUCAAAACUGAGUGCUUAAAGUUAUGUUGCUAAAUCUAUAUUUAGUGAUCUAAAUCAGUGACCUGAUUUUCAAAAAUGCUGAGUAUCCCGGAGUUCUCUUUGACGUCAGUGGGAGCUAUUGGGUGCUCAGCACUUAAAAAAUCAGGUCACUGAAUUAAGUGCCUAAAUAUGGCUUCAGAAGCAUAGCUCUAAGCACCCAGUUUUGAAAAUUGUGACCCUGGGCCUAGAUUAUACUGAAUGAGGCAACAUUUCUUUUGGAGAGAAAAAAGUGCUCAGCAUAGGGCUGAUUCCACGUGGCAUGGCGAGGCUUUUUGUGUGAUGGCACAUGAUCAUGAUAUACUGCAGAUAGGAAAAGGUGGCCCUAUGCACCUCUCAUUUGCACCAUUGCUUCUGAGGGGAAGUGGUGUGAUGGUGAUGGAGAGUAGUAGUUGGGGCCAUGGGCAGGCAUCCUUAUGGGUGUGUGUGUGUGUUAAAGUUUUUGUACUCAAGCUUAUAUUGUAGUAAUUAAAAUGCCGCAUGAUAUAUAUGAAGGCAGAUACGGCAAACAAUUUUCUGGAAUUAUGCAUAAUAAUUGAAUGUAACAUAGCAUUGUCUGUAACAAUUAUGGAGGCACUUGGCAGUGAUUCUAUAGUUAAAACUGAAUUGUCCAUGAAAUGGGGACUGUUUUGUCUUUAUAUGUAAGUGGUCUUUCACGAUGAAAUUUGAUAUAAUGUAUAUUUUAUAUAGGGUCAAAACUGGGUAUUAUAGAAUUGUGUCUGACUUUACUUGUUUAAUGCACUGUAUUUGGGAGCAUUCAAAAUAUGUUGUGGCAUAACAUAUACUGUUUGUAAUCUAUGCUUUUGAUUUACACCUAAUUAAUAUUUCUGACAUCAUUAGUAUUAUGUUAUUUAUCACUCUUAUGAAGUGUCAGUGAAAAGUGCUUACUCUGUAAUACUACAAUCUAUCCAAGGUAUUUGUGAUCCCCAUCUUUAAUGUGUUUCUCCUCAUAACACCCUGCUGGGAAGGGAAAUGCAAUUAUUCCCGUUUGCAGAUGGAGAAUGGAGACACAGAGAGAUUAAGCACCUUGCUAAAUGUCACACAAGAAACCUAUUGCAGAACAGGGGAUUAAACCCACAAGUGCCAGGCCAGCACCCUCCCCACUGGACCAUCCUUCCUCUCAUGAGUCAUCUAAUAUGUGUAAUGUCUUGUUCUAAGGAUGAAGCUUUUCUCCAUUUUGUUUCUUAACCCUUAUAGCUUACUUUUGUAUUCUAUCCUUUAGUUUGCAUAAUAAUUUGUGGCCAUGCUGUGUGGUGCUAUAAUAAAGAAAUUCCCAUUUUCUAUU